CUCGCCCAGUAUAAAACAGACUUGGUGGCCGGUGUUCCUCACUCUCCCACUGACCACCAACAUGAAGAGCUUCCUCGUCCUCCUCUGCUUCGUCGCCCUCGCUUGGUCUCAGGAAACUCCGGAGUGCGCGUGCGGCGGCUUCAUCUCUGAAUGGAAUGACUUGUUCGAGGUGCUGCACCUUCCACCUAUCAACGUAGAUGGAUGUGAAGAUUACAUGACAUGUCAUGAACGGUGUGUCGACGAGUGGACGUUCCUGACCAACGACGGGGACUUGGACCACGAAUUGCCUGAUGGUAAGACGGUGGGUCAACAUAUGUGUGAUAACCUCUCGGAGCAUGGCGAUGUCAAUGUCCAUCCAUAUCAAGUCUUCCUCUACUCCAACCUGUGCAGAGGUCCUUGGUUCUACGACGGCCAGGGAAGUAUAGACAAACUGUGUUGCCUCAAUGGUGACUACCACCCGUGUUUUUAAGUCAUUCGGCUUCCUCAGAGACCACCAGAAGUAUCUAACAAUUGACACGUCUACCUGAAGACUGUCAUCACCUGUCAGCUGCAGGAACCACUAACGGCAUUAUCUUAUUCAGUACCAACUACCGUCUGUAAUGUCUGUUUUAAGAACUAGUUGUACUCAAGAGCAAUCAAAUGCUUGUACCCUGAAAAUACUUCCUGCACUUAUCUACCAUUAAGCAUUUGUACUUUGAUAACUAUACCAUCAGCGGUGACGACCCGAAAAUAUUCCAAUGACUGAGGAUUCAACCUAUCCAGCUGCUGCCUCCACCUGACUUGCUCUCCACUGACAGAAGGUUUUAGAAAAUGAGCUGAAUUUUAAAUUUAUGGAAAAUGUGAAGAUAUUUCUGUGCUUCACAUAACACUGAUGUGCGUGGUGGAAGUUAUGUAGUGAUGUAAAUAAUAAAUGCAUUUGAGUUUU